CGGCACCACCACCCGUCGCUUCGUGGGCCACACCAAGGACGUCCUGAGCGUUGCCUUCUCCUCCGACAACCGCCAGAUCGUUUCGGGCUCCCGGGACAAGACCAUCAAGCUCUGGAACACCUUGGGCGUCUGCAAGUACACGGUGCAGGACGAGAGUCAUUCGGAGUGGGUCUCGUGCGUGCGUUUCUCCCCGAACAGCAGCAAUCCCAUCAUCGUCUCCUGCGGCUGGGAUAAACUGGUGAAGGUUUGGAAUUUGGCUAACUGCAAGCUGAAGACUAACCACAUCGGGCACACGGGCUACCUGAACACGGUGACCGUCUCCCCCGACGGCUCCCUCUGUGCCUCCGGUGGCAAGGACGGCCAGGCCAUGCUGUGGGACCUGAAUGAAGGCAAACACCUCUACACCUUGGACGGAGGAGACAUCAUCAACGCCCUGUGCUUCAGCCCCAACCGCUACUGGCUCUGUGCUGCCACCGGACCCAGCAUCAAGAUUUGGGACCUGGAAGGCAAAAUCAUCGUGGAUGAGCUGAAGCAGGAGGUGAUCAGCACCAGCAGCAAAGCUGAACCACCCCAGUGCACUUCCCUGGCCUGGUCCGCAGACGGGCAGACCCUGUUUGCUGGCUACACAGAUAACCUCGUCCGGGUGUGGCAAGUCACCAUCGGGACCAGAUGAGGAUGCGGUAGCAAGAAAUCGUAAAUUUUGUGUACAAAAAAAAUCAAUAAAAAGAGUGCUCUAUCGAGCUCUUGGC